AGAAAAACUAGGUCAGUAGUGCGGCAGUCAUGACAGAGGGGAGAAAGUAGGUCACAGACUGAGUACCGUAUAUCCCUGUUUUUGAAACAGAGGGUUCUAUCAUUGAAUGGAGAUGGCCUAGCUGAUUUAUCUAAUAGCAAUUGCAAAUAGAUGGAAGGAAAUUCCAGAAGCUGGAAUGAACAUUUGUGAUUGUCUAAUGGCAGACCAAAGAAUGGACAUUACCUCUACAAUGAAUGAGUUCAUGUCCCCCAGCGACCUGAUCAGCAGCUCCGUCAACACCCCAGGCAUGGACUACACCCGCAAGAGAAAGGGCAGCACCUCCGACUACCAAAUUGAUGGAUUUUCUUUCGAGGAGUGUGGUGAUCACCAGGGCCGGAUAAAAAAUGCCAGGGAGGCACACAGUCAGGUUGAGAAGCGGCGCAGGGAUAAGAUGAACAGCUUCAUAGACGAGCUGGCUGCACUAGUCCCUACCUGCAACGCUAUGUCCCACAAGCUGGACAAACUCACAGUCCUACGCAUGGCUGUCCAGCAUAUGAAGACAUUAAGAGGAGCAGCAAACCCUUACACAGAGGCGAACUACAAGCCGUCUUUCCUGACCGAUGAUGAACUGAAGCACUUAAUAUUGAGGGCUGCUGACGGCUUUCUGGUUGUUGUUGGAUGUGAUCGUGGGAAGAUCCUUUUUGUCUCGGAGUCAGUUUACAAGAUCCUCAACUAUUGCCAGAAUGACCUAAUUGGCCAGAGUCUGUUUGAUUACCUGCAUCCUAAAGACAUUGCCAAAGUCAAGGAGCAACUGUCGUCAUCGGAUACAGCACCUCGGGAGCGGCUCAUUGAUGCCAAAACCGGUCUACCAGUUAAGACAGACAUCACCCCUGGGCCAUCUCGACUGUGGUCCGGGGCCAGACGCUCGUUCUUCUGCCGAAUGAAGUGUAACCGGCCCUAUGUCAAAACAGAGGACAAGGACUUCCCCUCCACCUGCUCCAAAAAGAAAGUGCUGCAGAUGAGAGAAAAGAUCAACACAAACUGUUAUAAGUUCAAGAUUAAAGAUGGCUCCUUCAUCACUCUGCGAAGUCGCUGGUUCAGUUUCAUGAAUCCUUGGACCAAAGAGGUGGAGUACAUAGUCUCCACAAACACAGUGGUCUCGUGCAGUAUGCUGGAUGGUGCAGACUCCAGCUAUCCUCAGUCUGCCGUCUCUCCCACUGCCUCUAUGGAUGGUGUGCUGACGUCAGAAGGUGGAGGGAGACGGGCCCUUCAGACAGUGCCAGGCAUCCCCGGGGGAACACGUGCAGGUGCCAGUAAGAUCGGUCGCAUGAUCGCAGAGGUGGUGGAGACUCAGAGGACCAAAAGCUCGACCCCCUCCACCUGUGGCUCCAGCCCCCUGAACAUCAGCACCCCUCCUCCAGACUGCUCUCCAGGGGGCAAGAGAAUUCAAAAUGGAACGCCAGACCUUCCGUCAGCAGGGAUGCUACCAGGAGGACCCGACACCGUUGGAUACCCAUACUCCAACCAGUCUAUUAUGAGUGACAACUCGCACCUCAGCAUUGACGAACCAGGCUCCAGUAAUGACGAGGCAGCCAUGGCUGUGAUCAUGAGUCUCCUGGAGGCUGAUGCAGGCAUCGGUGGCCCUGUAGACUUCAGUGACUUACCCUGGCCCUUGUGAGGACAGCCCCAGCAGGGCUGUUGGAAUCCUUGGCCUAAGGCCCAGAGAACCCUGAAUUGACCAUGCAGUCAUAACAGGAACCAUGCUACUAUAGGGCUCAUUGGAGCCAAGAGCGGGACAGGACCCCUCAGUGUACCUGAUUGGCACUCUUCCAUUGACAUUCCCCACAGGAUGAUUCAGUUAGAAUGCAGGAAAAUAUACAUUGAAAAUGCUACCAGGGAUGUCUUGUUUUGAUGCUUUUACACUACAAUGGUUGGAUAUCCCCAUUGACAAAUGUAAUGAAUACAUGGUAUCAGCAGUAAAAUAUUUUUUAAAUUGAA